UAUCUGUGUUCACCAGGUUUUAGAAAUUAGAUUUAUUGAAAUAUAAUUACACUUCUAAAUACCUCCCAGAAUAUGUUAAAAACAACUAGAUGCUCUGUAUGCCUAUCUUUAAAUAAAAGAACUAUCAACAUUUACGGUACAGAUCUGCAAAAUGUAUAUGAGAAACUAGCUGAAUUUAAGGCGAAAGCAGAGUUAUGUUUUCUAUGCUACAUAUGUCAUGCAAGACUACAACAAGUUGCCAACCUUCAGAACAUUGUAACAAGCAGUAGCCAGUUACCAAAAACUUUAGUCCAUCUUACGACACAGAAUAUUGAAAAUGAAACUGUACAGGACCAUGUUGUGUUAGUCAAACAGGAGUCUCUGGAAUUUGAGGAUGUCCAGGAGAGACACAUGGAACAUGAUGAUGUGUCCAUAAAAGAUAAAAUAGAGAAUAGUGAGUAUAUUGAUAAGAUUGAAAUAAUAGAAAACAGUAUUGACUAUAAAGUAAAUGAAGAAAAAACCAUUAAUGUAUAUGCAAAUGCAAAAGUUGAAACCGUGCAAGAUUCACAGGUUGUGGAUAGUAUUUAUACUCAGCAAGACCAAUAUGUGCGUCAAAGUCCAACAACACACCUGGUCUUAGAAGAUCUCAAGGACUGGGGGGGUCAGCCAAGAGGUAAAGGUAUCAAACACGAGGAAGAGCGACCCAACACAAAUGACUGCGAGGGGCGAGGCCAUGCCAGCGCAGCACAGCACAGCAAGACACCCUACACCUGUGAUGUUUGUUUGAAGAACUAUUCAACAAAAAGCCUUUUACUGAGGCACAUGAAAACUCAUACACGCUCAUUUAGCUGUGACACGUGCCCAAAGACUUUUUGUACAAAAGUCGGAUUGACUGUACACACAAGAAUGCAUACAGGCGAGAGACCUUUUAGUUGUGACAUUUGUCCAAGUAAAUUUACUACAAAAAAAGAUUUGACUGUACACACAAGAAUUCAUACAGGAGAGAAACCGUUUAGUUGUGACAUUUGUUCAAAGAAAUUUUCAUGGAAAAACAAAUUGAAUUUACACACAAGAGUGCAUACAGGCGAAAAACCAUAUAGCUGUGAUAUUUGUUCAAAGAAAUUUUCAACUAAAACACAUUUGACACAACACAAAAAAUUUCAUAAGGGCGAGAAACCAUAUAGCUGUGAUAUUUGUUUGAAUAAAUUUUCAAAAAAAAACUACUUGACCGUACAUAAAACAAUUCAUACGGGCGAACAACCAUAUAGCUGUGAUGUUUGUCCAAAGAAAUUUUUAAAUAAAAACCAUUUGACUGUACACACAAGAGUUCAUACAGGUGAGAAACCAUUUAGUUGUGAGAUUUGUCCAAAGAAAUUUUUUACAAAACAAGAUUUGACUGAACACAUUAAAAUUCAUACAGGAGAGAAACCAUUUAGUUGUGACAUUUGUUCAAAGAAAUUUUCACAGAAAAGCAGUUUGACUGCACACACUAGACUUCAUACAGGCGAAAAACAAUUUAGUUGUGACAUUUGUUCAAAGAAAUUUUUAACUAAAGCAUAUUUGACACGACACAAAAAAAUUCAUAAGGGCGAGAAACCGUAUAGCUGUGAUAUUUGUUCAAAUAAAUUUUCAAAAAAAAACUAUUUGACCUUACACAAAACAAUUCAUACGGGCGAAAAACCAUAUAGCUGUGAUGUUUGUCCAAAGAAAUUUUUAUGGAAAUACCAUUUGACUGUACACACAAGAGUUCAUACAGGCGAGAAACCAUUUAGUUGUGACAUUUGUCCAAAGAAAUUUGCUGCAAGACAAGAUUUGACUGAACACAUUAAAAUUCAUACAGGAGAGAAACCAUUUAGUUGUGACAUUUGUUCAAAGAAAUUUCCAAGGAAAAGCGAAUUGAAUUUACACACAAGAGUGCAUACAGGCGAAAAACUACAUAGCUGUGGUGUUUGUCCAAAGAAAUUUUGUACAAAAAGCAAAUUGACUAUACACACAAGAAUACAUACAGGCGAGAAACCAUUUAGUUGUGACAUUUGUUCAAAGAAAUUUUUAAAUAAAUGCCAUUUGACUGUACACACAAGAGCCCAUAGAGGCGAGAAACCAUAUAUAUGUGAUGUUUGUUCAAAGAAUUUUUGCACUAAAAGUGGUUUGACUGUACACACAAGAGUGCAUACAGGCGAGAAACCAUAUAUAUGUGAUAUUUGUUCAAAGAAAUUUUCAAAGAAAACCUAUUUGACACUACACGAAAGAAUUCAUACAGGCGAGAAACCAUUUAGCUGUGAUUUUUGUCCAAAGAAUUUUUGUACAAAGCGCCAAUUGAUUGUACACACAAGAAUUCAUACAGGAGAGAAACCAUUUAGUUGUAACAUUUGUUCAAAGAAAUUUACUACAAAAAAUGAUUUGACUGUGCACACAAGAGUUCAUACAGGAGAGAAACCAUUUAGUUGUGACAUAUGUUCAAAGAAAUUUUCAAGGAAAAGCCAUUUAAAUAUACACACAAGAGUACAUACGGGCGAGAAACCAUUUAUUUGUAACAUUUGUCCAAGUAAAUUUACUACAAAAAGAGAUUUGACUGUACAUACAAUAAAACAUACAGGCGAAAACCCAUUUAUGUCACAAACAUUUGUUCAAAGAAAUUUUCAGGGAAAAGACAAUUGAAUUUACACGCAAGA